AUGUCUUCGUCUGACGGUGUAUUGUUCAAGCUGCACCGGAACAACCUGGGAGUCCACUCCGACGUCUUCCCUGGUGUUGAGUCGGACGUCGUCCCUGCGCAAGACGAGAUCGUACUGCUGGGGGAGAAAGCAUCGACACUGGAAUUACUGUUCCAGUACGUGUACCGUCAGCGGCAACCCGACUUGGGCAAGUUGGACGCGGAGGAGUUGGCGCUGUUGGCAGAGGCGGCAGAAAAGUAUUGUAUCUAUUCGGCGAUGGAGGUAUGCAAAAUAUACAUGCAAGCGGCAAUACCGAAGAUACCUAUGGAUGUCUUGUUAUACGCCGCACGGCAUGGCUACACGGAGCUGUGCGAUGAGGCUGCUCCGCACACUAUCAACAUGGAUGCGGAAGUCGUGAUGCGACGCCUCGAUUCCAGGAUGUUCCUGAAUUGGAUUCUAUAUCGCGAGAGUCGGCUGCGGUUCCUCCUCGACCUGCACCGUCCGAACGUACACAUACACACGCAUGAAGACUCUGUCGUCGAGGGAGAAGAUUGUACCCUCUGGCUCCCGUUCAUGGGCGAGGUCCUGCAAGAACUCGGCAUGUCGCUCUCGAACGUUAACGAUCCGUAUAAGAUCUUCGACAAACACAAGCACAUGCUGGAUGACUGCAGUGAUUGCCACCUGCUGUUGAGAAACUGGAGCAGUGCUAUCAGUAUGGAACGUGCCAUGAAGCCACUGCCGAAUUUCACGUCGUUCGAUCGACGAGAGUCCGCGGGAGGAAGGGGGGGUUAG